CGCCAUUGUGAAGAGUUGGCCUUUGAUGGUCUGGGUCUUGGGAUUCAGGUUAGAGCAAGGGGAGGCGCAGUGGAUGGGGCUCUCUGAUUUCAGGGCCUGUCUCUGAGUGCAAAGGACAUGGGUCCAAAACCUGAUCCUGCCUCGGCACCUGCAGCCGCCCCAGAUGCCCCAGAUGCCUCAGCUGCUCCAGGGGCCCCAGCCGCUCCAGGGACCCCAGCCGCUCCAGGGACCACAGCGCCUCCAGGGGCCCCGGCCGCUCCAGGGGCUCCAGCCGCUCCAGGAGCACCAGGGGCCGCUCCGGGGGCUCCAGCUGAGGCCUACAAGCCUUCACCAGAGCUUACACAGACACCCGAAGAACUGGCAUUUUACGCUCCGCAUUAUCCAUGCUUGACGGCUUUUGCUGUCCUGUUAUUCCCUCCCUUGGGGAUUGCAGCUAUCUACUUCAGUUAUAAGACCAUGGAGGCCAACCAAAACAGUGAAUGGGAAGAGGCUUACGCCAACUCAGGUCGAACUGGUUGGCUGGAUGUGUUCGCCAUACUCCUCGGUUUAGGCAUCAUUUACUACUAUAUCCUAUUUGUAUGAAGACCAGGCUCAGCAGCCCAGGAGUCCACUCCCCAACCAACCCACCCACCAAGAAACGGACCAGCCAAGUCAGCCAUCGUGCAAGAAACUCAGCGGCUAAGACAUCCCCUCGCCAAGAAACCUACCAUCCAAGCAGCUCAACAUCUAGACAACCCACACGCCCAGGAACACCCAAGCCACCUGUCUAUCCUACUUCAGCUCACCUGGCCUCCAGACCUGCCUUCAUCCACCUUGGGGGGGGCCACAUUUUAUGCUCUAGAUCCCCUUAGUUUCUUGACACUGGGCUGCUCUUCAGAGAAAUAUAUAUUGA